CGCUUUGUUAACCUCCUCCUCCUCUUCUUCUGUGUUGUGAGUUUGUUCUCUGCUGUCAGGGAGGCGACCUGUAAACUGUGGAGUCGGGGGGGAAAAAAGAGGAUAAUCUCGUUAAAGUAGUUAGUUCGUCGUUCAGUCGGUCCAAUGUACCGAGAGAAAGUUCUAGAAGGUUCUUAGACUGUAAGUUUUUAUUGAUUUAUUUAUUUUAACGUCUCUGUCUCUCUCUGUGGAUCGUUUCCUCCAUCAACACAAUGCGAGAUGUUUACCUCAGUAACGAGACGUGCAGCAACGGUGAGUCAAACAUCCCUUCAAAAAUCGCUGUUUUACACCAAUAAGACGGUAAUUUUCGAUAAAGCACAUCGAUGUAAGGAUCAUAUAUUCAUAUACACCCUUCUGAUGUUUACCUGUGAGGCAGAAAACACACAAAGGAGACAAAACGGACCAUAAACAUUUUAAUUGAAUAAUGCUUUAUAACUUCUCGGCCAGUUACUGUUUUGUUUUCUCUGAAUCUGAUCCCACAAAUGAACGUUUACUUAUAUUGUUAUUUAACCGUUAAUUUGGUUGACUUAGGUGGUAAAAAAAGAGAAAAAAAAGUCUUAAAAAUAUAAUCAGUAAGCUUCCUAAAGGGGGGUUUAAUAAUGAGAUGUUUGAUAAUCUUAUUAUAUGGGAAAAAGGUUUAAUAAAAAAAAUAAUAAUAAUAAUUACAGUUAUUAGAAAUGACCAUAAAGUGUUUAUUAUUAUUAUUAUUAUUAUUAUUAUUAUUAUUAUUAUUAUUGUUAUUGUUAUCAUUACUACCAAUAUUAUUAUUUUUACCAUCAUCAUUAUGAUUAUUAUGAGUAUGAUUAUGAUUAUUAUUAUGAUUAUUAUUUAUUUUAUUUUUUAACAUCCUUUUUUAUUAUUAUUAUUCUUACCAUUAUCAUAAUUAUUUUACCAUUAUUUAUUUAUUUUAUUUUUUUGUUUUACCAUUAUUAUUAUUUUACCGUUAUUAUAAUUUACUUUAUUAUUGCUAUUAUUAUUGUUAUUAUUAUUAUUAUUAUUAUAUAUUUUUCUUUUUUUCCUCAUUGAACAGUUCUACUAUACUUUAUAUAGUUAAUUUAAAAUUAUGUUCAAUGGCUACAAACACAAAUCAUGAAUGGAAAUAUUUCUGACAAACAAGUUAUUAAUUUAGAUUUAUUUAUUCGUCUCUAUUGUAGAUCAUAAACCAACCUUGCAGACAGAAAUCAGGGGCGCUGGUGUUCUCACAUUGCUUGGUUAUUCUCAUUAGAAGAUUUAUCUGCCAGCGUCAUCACAGGAAAAUUUAGUCCCUGAUAUAAAGCACGUCUGCCUCUCAGACUCUGAUGAUAAGGAGAAGGACCUGAUAACUGCAGCCUGUACCCCCCAGACUAUUAGAGACUUUAGGUACCGUUAGCCGGCCUGCACAACAUUUGACGGUUGUACUUUUUUCAACAGUUAGUCAAAGUUAAUCACUUAUAACAUCUGACAUAGAAACCUUGUUCUGUUGAGUUAUUCGGCUCAGACUGUGUUGUGUGCAGUGAGGCCUCAGUGUUGACUAUGUAAAUAUUGAACUGCUCAUGUUACUCUAACCAGCACAGUGGUCAAACCAGUAUUUCACAGCCAUCAGAUUAACGGGUUCAGAGAGAGCAGAGUCCCCCUCUGCAAACGCUGAAUCCACAUCUGUGUCUUUCACAUUAUAUCUGCGCGUCGUCGUUGUCUGGAGGAAGUCGGCGGUGAUUCAUGAAAUACUUCCUACUCUAAACAGAAGGUCCAUUUGGUUUGAAAAUGCUCGAUUUGCUUCGUAUAUUAUUUUAUUGACAGUUUAUGAUUAAAAAAUUAUGUCAUAGUAGGGGUGGCAGCUGAAAACCUGAAUGUUGCUUUCUCUGCCGUACGGUUCCUUCACGCCAUUUCAGUCUGUUUUUCAUCAAACAUGGCUGAGGUUAAUGACACUGUGGGGAUUAAUUGUGUUUUAUAACAUACCAGAUAAUCCAACUUCUUAACUCACUUUCCUCCAAGAGGUCUUUUCUUUCCUUCCUCCUUUGAGACAACCCGUAUGGUAGAGCUCAUUGUUGCUCAUCACUCCAUCAUUGUCAGUUUGGGAUGUAACAACAUGAAAAUUUAACAUCACUAUUAUUGUGACCAAAAUUAUCAUGAUUAUCGAUAUAAUCACGGUAUUGAAAUAUAUUCAAAAUGUUUAAAAAGUACUUAAACAACAAAGUAAUGUGCCAGUGGAAUAAACAUGAACAUAAUAACAAAUAAAUGAAAUUUAAAUAAAAUGACAUUCCUUAUUGUGCAAACUGUAAGCUAUUGAAGGAAAACAGCCUUUUUUUUAGAACAUCAACCGGUAAUUUAUUGAUGGUCCCUUAUUCAACACUCGACAUUGACAGUGAGGGUGUCGAGUAGAUUUAACCACGCUGCUGUUGUUAUUCCAGGUUAUGGAGAGUGAGAAGACACUGGUAGAUCAGCAGUGAAUGUCCGUCGAAUAUCGUAAAACUAACAUUUGUUGCCUCGGCUGAUUUUUUAGACACACGUGACCCCAAAUACAUUUUGCAAUUCGCAUACAUCUAUUUUUAGUCACAAAUGUGAGUGAAAUGAUUGCACCGUCGAGCCCUGGAUUGGGAAAUUAAAAUUAUGAAUAAAAAUGUGAAAUAUAUGGUCUCGCAUCGUAUCAUAUCAGACUGUAUUAUAUCGUAGCGAAGUGUGUUGCAUCAUAGCAUAUUGUAUUGUAUACAUAUGUGUGUUCUUUUACUCCUUCUCUUUGACUUAAACUGUGACACUUCUUUAGGGUCAAAUAUUCAAACUAUAAAUGAAGAUAAAUGAAAUAAAAAGUCCCAGAAUAUCAAAGCUGACAGGCUCGUCUCUGUCUCUGCAGGGUCGGUGGUUCGGCUGUGGUGCGGCUCUCAGUCCGCGGUGUGUGUGGUCUCGGGGAAUCAGCCGCUGAUUAACACACACUUGGACAACAACCACACGUCAGGUACACCUUCACACAGACUCACACCUCUUCAAUAAGCAUGAAAGAGUUUCAAAGAGUCUCUAUUGAACUUAUUUAUAUUCUUUUUAAACAAAAGUUGUGUGUAAACAUCUCUAUUUAUGAGUUUUAUAAGCCUUGUUGAACUCCGUAUGAUCUUAAAAAGUAAAUAUAAACUAGAGGCAAAUUUUAUUUAUUAUUACCAACAUUAAAUCUGUUUGUGUUUAGAUAAACAAAACACUGGAAGAUAAGGGAAUAUAAAAUGUGUUCUCUGAGAUUAUCCAUGUUAGGAUGUCAGUCGUCUUUGGUUCAAAAGCAGAAAACAUGACUGUGCAGAGAGAGUUCGCACAUAUUGUUUAGUUUUUUUGCAUUAUUAACGAGAGAAAGACUUCCUCAUUUACACAAUACAGUGAGGGAGAAGAGGAAUAAAGCUCAGUUGUAUUGUGUCCAGUAGGUUGGAUUAAAAACAGUCAGAGUUACAGAAACAGUUUCAUAUGUUGUUCUUCAUUUUCAAAGAAUAGAAAGUGAUCAAACCUGCUCACAGGUAUUCAAAUGAAGCGGCUGAAUCUAACACGUGCUCAGAUCUGUCUGUCUAAAUAAGAGAUGCUGUUUAAUCAGUGCGAUCAUUAAGAUAACAACUCGGUCGGACUAAGAGGAAGAAAAGGACGAAGCAGACUCUAUUUGAUUGUUAGCUUAGCAAAACAAAAACUCGAUCUGUUCUCUGUGUGUCCCCUUCCCCUUGUUUUUACACAGCACUUAUAUUUUGAUGCUGUUUCAGGUUACAGUUAUCAAGUAAAAGGAAAGGAGAAACUUAAAUAUAAGACAAAGUUGGCAGACAUCCUGUGGGCUGUAGGUUAACUUUGUUUAUUAUUGAAUCGUGGUAUCAGGUAACAGAUUGUUUUCAGUCUUCCUUCUCUCUCUGCUCAGCUGGUGUUUCUUUGUUCAACUUUUAAAGGUUAUUUCCUGAUAACACCAACGCCCUCUACACUGUUUUCACACUCCUCUGUAGGUACAGCGAACAACCUCUUAAAGCCACUAUGAGGAACCUUUAGUUGUGCCAGGUUUGGCGCCCCCUGUGGAAAAAGUGACGCCUCUAAUUUUGUACAAGUGAAACAGUCUUUUCAGGCAAAGAUCUCAUCUUGUCGUCUUUAAGUGAAUUAAAUAAUAAUGGGUUCGUUUUCUUGCUUGUGUUUCGAUGUCGGACUGUACUCUACCCUGACAUUGUCCCAUAUUCUGAUCAAUAUGAUGAUUACUUGGUUUUUGGUGAACUCCAAUCACUGAUAUCUUUUAUCUUUAAACACAAACCUUGCGUGGACUUAAAUGUGGGGUAGUCAGGAUCUGAGGAAGUUCCAGUUUUUAGGAGAAAUCUUGAAUGUCAACUCUACCCCUUCCAACCAGUUUUCCCCUCAGCUCCUCCUCUCCCCUCCCUCUCUGCUCCGCCCACAAACAGAUCCUCCUGCUUGCUUGUAUCGUUCCAAUUAAAUUCAGAUAUAAUGCAGAUAAAUACUUCAGAUAAUUACAAAUGGGGCCCAGUCAAGGUGAAAGUAAAAAGCAUUGGUGCUGCUGUAGAUGCCAACAGACUACCAGCAAAUACAAUGUUUGCAGGACUUCUACAACUAGGAUAAAGUGACAUAGUCCAGGACCCGAGGUCAACAGUUUAGCGGCGCUACAACACGCUACAGCAGGUCCGUUUGACAAGAAACACUUCUGUUACAGACACUUGGCUUACUUUGUUAAAGCGGUUUACCUGUCCAGCAGAAAGGUUACAGGGUCACCAAGAUCCCCAAGCGUCCCUCAUCGUUUAUGUUGACCCGGAUUUUUAGCUCUACCUCCGUUUCAAGCGCCCGUUAUUCUGCCAGUCUCCAGUAUUUACUUUGUUUUCUUGCUUGUGUCGGCAGUCGUGGCCAAAGGAGGAUUCAGACAAUUUUCCGCACUCUCUGGUUGGUUUCUACUGUCCGAUAUUGUAGCACGCUAACUUUGUUUGGGCUCGUGAACGACACGGGGGAGCAGCGUCUGCCUCACAACUAAUCAGGAUGGGGAAGGCGGGGAACGGCUUUGUUUACUGUCAGAAAGAACGGAGCACUCUGAAAUUUUAAAAUGUUGACUACACAGACAAAACGAAGGACAGCGAUAUUGUUAUAUUACCAAAUGUCAUCAAUAACUAAUAACUAUUGACUGAUAUUAAAAUAUUUUUUGUAUAAACACCACAAAAAAAGAUUUUUCUUUAACGGAUUCCUGCCUACCCCACCUUUAAGACUCAGUAACACCCUCCAUUUGAGACAUCUUGGACAUUAAAGUCUGUUAAACAUUCACAUGACACUUUAAAUACAAACUCAAAUAUACACAAGAAUCUGUAGAUCGAAGCACAUGAAUGUACGUUGGAUAACACAAACACAUAACACAAAGAGCUCACUGGAGUCUCUGUUGUCCCCUUUGAAUAAAGUCUUUGAGGUCAGACCGAGUCAUUAAACACACUCCGCAGGUCCACACCCUCAUAAACACACACUCAGCUGAUCGAAUAUUUGUCUGCAGAUCCACAAACACGCAGCUCCUACAACCUGUGGCUCGGUUUGACUCUGGCUCUGCUGUCCGCCUUCCUGAUUGGUGGGAGUGUCAUCCUGAAGAAGAAAGCUCUCCUCCGAUUGGCCAGCAACGGACACACCCGAGCAGGUGAGGAGAGGACAACAUCUGACCUCCUUUUACAGUCGCAUGAGAAACCAAACAGAUGGUUUUUCAUGUAGUUAUUGAAGCCAAAGUAAUCAUGACAGAAAAAAAGUAUAUUUGGUCAAUUUUUGUUUGGAGCUUUUUAACUGUUGUGAUUUGUUGAACCUCGCCCCCUGUCGCUCUCCAAGAAUAAAAAACUGAGGGAAUUAAUUGAACAUUGAGUGAUCAAAUAAAGUAUGAAACAGAGUUGAUUCUCCUUAAACCUUGGUUGUCACAAGAGAUUAUUCUACUCUCUGUCUGUCUCCAUCAUUUGUCGGCAUCUAAGGUUCAGUUUAAUGACAAUACGAAGACACCGUGGACUGAUAAAAGGACAAAAAGCUCAAAACUCUGAAAAGUUGAUUUUCAUAGAUAAGCCCUUGAUGGAAAAUAAAAGUCUGAGUGAAGUCAAAAGGAUGUUAAACAGACACAUUAUGGGUUUUAGUGUCUAAAUGUUUACAUAGUUCUGCCAUCCACAAUUCAGCCAUAAGGACAACUCCAGAUAAAACACGACUGCUUUAUCUUGGUUUAUUUUGUCUUAUGUAACGAUCAGUCAAAUGGAAAUUUACUCAAGUUGGAGGGACGGGUUUCUUAUUGUUUGUUUUGUUAUCACUUCACAGAGAUCAGCUGCUUUACUGAAAACUAAACCAAACAGUUUAAGUGAGAAAACAACAAAAAUGAAACAUUAGACACUGAUUAAUUACACUUAAAAGAUUUUUAUUCUAAGUCAGAAUUAUUCAUCCAGUUUUGUCAUAUUACACUCAGAGUUUUCACUUUUACUUUAAUGUUAUUUAACUUCUGUGUUUUAAUGUGUGUGUAGGUGACGGAGGACACGGCUACCUAAAGGACUGGCUGUGGUGGGGAGGCCUGUUGACCAGUAAGACAUUUGUGUCUGUCUGAAUUUAUUAUUCACAGCUCUUUUUUAGUCUAAGAUGAACUUAUAAGAGGAGAUAUUUCAGAUUUGAGGAUGUGCUGUUAAUUUAUAUGUUACCCAAAGUCACCAUAGUUGUUGAGUUAUGUAAAAUAUUUGACUCAGUAGACACGACUUUUUGCAGAGAGUAGAACAGUUUGGUGUAAGAGGGGUAGAAAGCUGUUUUAGAAAUAAAUUACAAAAGGUUGAUAUCGCUGAUAAGUUACUUGUGGUGUGCCACAAGGAUCAGUACUGGGGCCCAGGUUAUUCAUAUUUUAUUCAGAGGAUUUUUGUAGAGUUACAGAUUAUUUGAAAUUUGGGUAACAUUUUACUCGACACCUAUCUCUAUAAGCAUUAUAAAUAUAUGUAUAAUGUGUUAUAAUCACAUUAUAGCACUGUAUAAUUAUAGUUAUAAACACUCAUAAAUGAUCAUAAUGCUUUAUAGCAAUAAUCAUAACACAUUAUAAAGCAUUUUAUCAUGACCGUAAAGUUCAGGUAUAACUGUUAACAAUAGUUGCAUUGCAUUAUCUAUGUGGGCAUUGUCAGUGAGUUGUUAACAGUUAUAACACGUUAUAACACCUGACCUUUUAGGUAAUGAUAAAAUGCUUUAUACUGUGUUGUGAUUAUUGCUAUAAAGCAUUAUGAUCAUUUAUGUGUGUUUAUAACUAUAUUUAUACUGUGCUAUAAUGUGAUUAUAAUGCAUUAUACAUAUAUUUAUAAUGCGUUAUAAAGAUAGGCGUCAAGUAAAGUGUUACGGAAAUGUGUUACAUUUGCAGAUGAUAUAAAUUAUUUUGGCUCAGGGCGAAUAUGAAUCAUGGCAAAAAAAGAAGAAUCUGAAAAGAUAAAGUUAAAAAAAUGAUUUCAUAUAAAGAAGUUAUCACUUAAUGACUCCUGCCCUGGGACUAUGGACGUGUUAGUUCACAGCUAAUUCUCAAAAUAUAAGAUCUGUUUAUCAUUAUAAUUACUUUUUUUUUUUUUUAACCAUGAUGUAUAUUUGACUUAUUAUGGGAUAGAUAAAAUGCUGUGUGGAGUCAAACUAUGGACAGCCUCAGUUAUGAGUAGAAAUUGCGACAUUCUUUAUUAAAAUUCUUUCUUGAAAUGUAAAAUAUUUAAUAAUUGAAACAGAAAUGACAGAAUAAAUGUGCCUCUGUUAUUUUCUUUGCUUAUACUGUUAAUGUUGUGGUUUUUUGAACUGCACAGGACAGACAGAAAUACGCUUUGAGCUUUGAAUUUUAGUUCUUCUGUUUUGUAAAUUUUCUUGGUGCAAAUAUGACAGAAAAAUGAUUUUAAAAACAAAUAAAGUUUUACAUAUGUUGAUUUUUUAAAAUGUUCUUUCUGUUUUUCUGAAGUGGGGGCUGGAGAGGCGUGUAACUUUGCUGCCUACAUGUUCGCGCCCGCCACGCUGGUGACACCACUGGGCGCCCUGAGCGUCCUCAUCAGGUAGAUUUCAAAGGUUGCUUUAAAGAUGGACUUAAUCAAGACAAAAAUAUUCAAAAUUAAUAAUUAAAAGACAGUUUAAACAGACAGAUUUAUAUUUCUGUUUUAAAUGCGUGUUUCAGUGCAGUUCUGUCCUCCCACCUGUUGGGGGAGGUGCUGAAUGUGGUGGGGAAGCUCGGCUGUCUGCUCUGCAUCCUGGGAAGUAUUUUGCUGGUUAUCCACGCCCCCCAGGAACAGGAAGUGACAUCACUGCAGGAAAUGACUGACAAGUUGCUCGGACCUGGUGAGGAAUUAGUUGUCCGAGUCCGACUGCGUUUUUUUUAUUGUUUUAUGAAACAUCGUAUGCUAACAUUUCGCAAACGUUCCUCUGUUGAACAUAAACAUGAUUGUAUCAGGACUCUCCUGGGUCUCUAAAUGACUGUCUCAUGCUACAUGUUAAUCACAGAUAUGUUGUAUCUGCUCCACUUCUGCAGGUCUCUUCACUGCCAUGUCUUGUGUGUUUCAGGGUUCCUAGUCUACAUGUCUUUGGUUCUGGUGCUGUGUGCCGUCCUCAUUCUGUAUUUCUCUCCUCGGAUCGGUCGCUCAAACAUCCUCAUCUACAUCAGCAUCUGCUCGCUGCUUGGAGCUUUCACCGUCUCGUCUGUGAAGGGCCUCGCUAUCGCCAUCAAUACUGGUACGAGAUAUUCUCCACAGUGCUCUUACACAUAACUUCGUACAAUUUACAUACUCUUUUCUUUUGCUAUAUUAACCCUCCCAUUUAAUACCACUAACUUUACAUACAAAUAACAAAGUUAAACACGUCGAUUCUGAUUAUCCUCUCUCUGUGUUUUAGUGUUUUAUGAUAUCUCAGUGCUUGCUAGUCCUCUCACCUGGAUCCUAUUGUUGGCUCUCGUUAUCUCCAUAAUAACACAGGUAAAACAAAUCAUGUCUUUUUUCAUCUCAUCUCUUUAUUUUGAUUUAUUUCACCCUCGUUUCCUGUGGAGAAUGAAAUUUAGAAGAGAAGAGCAAGAAAAAUACAUAAACACGUGUUGAUAUAUGUCUUUUUAAUCCUCCUGUUUCGCUUACCUGCAGGUGAACUACCUGAAUAAGUCUUUAGACACCUUCAACACCCUGCUGGUCUACCCAAUCUACUACGUCCUCUUCACCUCCGUGGUCCUGUGCUCCUCCAUCAUCCUCUUCCAGGAGUGGAGGAGCAUGGAGACUGUGGAUGUGAUCACAACGUUGGGAUCCUUCCUGGUUAUUGUGGUGGGCGUGGCCAUGCUACACUUGUUCAAAGAUCUGCAGGUAGGUGCUCAGUCAGAGGUUCAGAUCAGCAUGUUUCCAUCUUUCUCUACUUAAUAUGUUUGAUGUGGUUUAAGCUGCUCAACAGUUCAGGGUCUCCUUGGUCCUGUUUUUGGGGUCAUGAUGCUCCAAAUGUUUUCAAUGAGGGACGAGUCAGGACCGCAUCAGUCCAGUUUCUCAGCAGGACACUUCUCCUACAGAGCCAUGCUGUUGUAAUCACUGUAGUCAGAAUGUGGUUUGGGAUGAAUUGAAGGUUAUAUGGCAGCAGAUGUUGCUCCUAAACCUGGAGAUAUGGUUCAGCAUUAAAGCUGGGGUAGGCAAGAUUCUGUUAAAGAAGCAUCUUUCUUUGUUAUUUAGUUUCUUUCUUAGUUAUUAGUUAUUGAUGAUAUUUGGGAAUUAACAUUAUAUCGCUGUGUUCUCUUAUGUCUGUGUAGUCAACAUUUUUAAUUUUUUAAGCGGUCCGCUCUUUCUGACUGUAAACAAAGUCUUCUCCACCUCCCUCGUGCUGAUUGUUUGUGAGGCAGACGUUGCUCCCUUAUGUUGUGAGGCACGCUCCACGUCCUCAAAUAACGUUCACAAGCCCAAACAAAGUUAGCGUGCUACAAUAUCGGAUAGUAGAAACCAACCAGAAAGUACGGAAAAUUGUCUGAAUCCUCCUUUGGCCACGAGUGCCAACACAAGCAAGAAAACAAAGUAAAUACCGGAGACUCUGGAGGAAUAACAGGCGCUUAAAACGGAGGUAGACCAGACAAGAGCUAAAACCCGGGUCAACUUAAACGAUGGGGGACGCUUGGGGAUCUUGGUGACCCUGUAACCUUUCUGCUGGACAGGUAAACCGCUUUAACAAAGUAAGCCAAGUGUCUGUAACAGAAGUGUUUCUUAUCAAACGGACCUGCUGUAGCGUGUUGCAGCGCCGCUAAACUGUUGACCUCGGGUCCUGGACUAUGUCACUUUAUCCUAGUUGUAGAAGUCCUGCAAACAUUGUGUUUGCUGGUAGUCUGUUGGCAUCUACAGUAGCACCAAUGCAUUUGACGUUCACGUUGACUGGGCCCCAUUUGUAAUUAUCUGAAUUAUUUAUCUGCAUUAUAUCUGAAUUUCAUUGGAAUGAAACGAGCGAGCAGGAGCGUCUGUUUGUGGGCGGGGCUUGCUGGAGCAGAGAGGAGGAGCUGAGGGGAAAACUGGUUGGGAGGGGUAGAGUUUACAUUCAAGAUUUCUCCUAAAAACUGGAAGUAUCUCAGAUUCUGACUACUCCACCCUUCACAGAUGUGGAAGAUACCCCUGAUAUGGACUCUGAUGAUCCCCAUAGAGUCCUUUCUUAACCACAUCUGAAACACUUCUUAUGUCUUACAGGUGACGAUGGCGGAGCUAACCAGUCAGCUCUCUCAGCCGGUGGAGAGGGAGGAGCUUUCAGUAGAAGUUUCAGCCAAUCGACACGCAGCAGUGGGGGGAGGAGGAAGUAGGAAUAAAAAAGAGGAUAAAUAUGGACUGAUGGACAACAUGGUGAUAGAGAGUCUGCCUCCUAUGAGAGAAGAUGGACCCAGAGUCUUCAUCAUCAGCUGAAAGAGACAGAAGAAGAAAAAGCAGGGACAGGUUUGUGUUUGCUCUCUGGACUUUGAUGGGAGCUGUAGUUCUCACUCUGUCUGAUGCUUUCGGAGUCCUGCACAUUUUAACGGUCGGGGCCUCUGGUUUGACGGUAAAAUACUCACAAAAAAACAUUUCACUGCUGCAUCAGAUAACAACCCCAUAAAAGGGGGACGCACUUGAAAACGCCACUUUCCCAUGACUGACCUUUGGAUGACCCGUUUUAGCAGACAGCACCAGAUUGACACCACCCCGGUAAAAGCUUGAAUUACUUUCAUCAGUUGUUGCUCAGCUGUGUAUUUGCAUGUGGAUUCAGUAAACUAACACUAACAGGCUGCUAUGUUUGAGUUCCAUUGCUUAUGUUCACAUUCACCUGAUAAAAAACAAACACUGAAUUCAGACGACAAUGUUCAAAACUUUUUCAAGAGCCGUGCAUGAAUACAAAGUACACGGAUGAAGGUCACGCCACCUGGAGGCUAAGCUCAAGGAUUCAGACAUUUAUUAUCCUCAACAAGUCUUAUGUAAAGACCAAAACCAACGACCGUAUGGCGCAGAUGUCACCUGACACCGUCCUCUGUCGUGAGAUUAGCUGUAAAUAAAUGAGAGUAACUGGAGAGUCGACAGUGUGGGUCUGUAUUUCUCAGGUCAGUAGAGAUAUUGUUUGUCCAACAGGUGCAAUAAAGCAGGAGGUGUCUUUGCAGGAAAACAAGGCUCUAACUCUGCCUGUAUCCAAGUUUUGGAGCGUCACGAUCUGACGUCAAGCUCCGCCCGCUAAAUAAACCCAAAUUUAACUUGAUAAUGAGGCGUCAAAGCUUCCUGGAGUGGGUUCAGUCCACAGUCAUAGAAAAUUAAAUGACAAAGAUUGAUUUUCUCUUGAUUUCUAAAUCAGAAAAAAUCAAAUCAAAUAAAGAAAAAGGUUCAUUCUCGGGCCCAACCGAUCUAUUGGCGAGCCGAUUGAAGUGGCCAAUUUUAGCCCGUUUGAGACUUAUCAGUAAUCGGCCAAAACUCGCCGAUUUUCGCCAAUAUUUUCAGAAAUAAAAUGCAAAGAAUAAGAUUCGGUUUCACUUCGAAAAUGUUCCGCCAUUUGGAAAGUUCCCUUACUUAUCCUGUAGAUGGCGCAGUGACCUCAUGAGAAUCUUUAUCCACUAACUACCUCACAGCACAGCAGAGUGACGGAUCUGAAGCAGGCAGCUCAGGGACGCACGGAGGAGAGUGGUCCACCUCAACGGUAAAUAAACCAGUUUGUGAAAUACACAAUAAGUCAACAAGUUUCAGUUCAACCCACUUCACAAUGUUCCCCGCUGUGCUGGUCUCAGUCACGCCAAGUUAAUGGUGAAGCACCAUGUAAUAUGCAAGCUAAAGUUAGAGUUAGCCAUCUGCUAUUGUACUGUUAGCCGUGCCAGUAACGGUAGAAUAAAUAACAGUACACAUUGAGUGAUCGAGCUACUUCUCUUACUGAGGCAGCUGCAUGUCUCCAGAUGACACCGGACCGGAAAUGAGUAACGUGAGUUAAGACGCGGAGACACCGAUCGGCGGCUGCGGUAGUAGUUAGUUGAAAACGCUUUUCUAGUCCAAGUUUGAUCAGUCGGUCUUCCUGUCGGCAUGAAGAGCAGUAGCCUACAGUAUAUAUAUAUAUAUAUAUUAUUCUGUAGAUAUCUACAGUUUAUAUAUAUUUUUUAUAAGUCCAUAAAAAAUGUUAAAAAUCAGCCUAUUAAUCUGUAAUCGGAUUUUUUUCCCCUCUAAUGAUCGAUAUCGGUAUCAGCCUCAAAAAAUCAAUACCGUCCGGGCCCUAGUUCAUUCCUUAAAAAAGUAUGAAUAAAAAACUAAAUAGUAUUUUUCCUUUUAAUUUAUAUAUCAUAUUUCCAGAAAAUAUUAAAACUAUUGAUUAUUGAUUGAAUUAUUAUUUGCUCUGUUGAAAACAGAAAUAUAACAGUGAUAAAACCUGUUCAAUAACACUAAUAUAGCGUAAUUUAAUAUCACAAAGGGCCUUUUGUGUCUUUUCUGGACUUUAUUUAAGUUAUAUUUUACUGCUGUCAAACCAGAGGCCUCACAAUAAGAGAUAAAAACACGAGAAACUCGAUCUUAUCUUUGGUGCCAGGAAAAUAGAGCAGAGUGAGACAUCUUAACUUUCUGUCUGUAGGUGUUUUGGUCUGUGAUUUUCUGUCUUUAGAGCCAAACUGUGACUGAACUCCUCUGUGCUGACGGCUGGAAGUUUAUGAAGCAGUCAGACAACACAAACACAGGAACACACUGAUCAUCGGUGAGUGUUUACAGGAAGUUUCAGGGGAAAAAAACGGAGCAUAAACGGAAGUAAGAGUCAGGAUCAGUGUUCAGUUAAAUCUCCAGUUCAGUGAGACUGAGAAUAACUGCUGAAUGAUGAUCAGCGGUAAAGAUGUAAUGUGUGUGUGUGUGUUUGUGUGUCUGCAGCUGAAGACUUUUGGUUAAUGAAGCUCAGAGGAAAACAAUAAUUCAAUAUAUAUUUAAAGAAUUGUAUCUAUGUUUAUGUGCUAUGUAUUAAAGUCCAUUGUUUCUCUA